CUAUAUCUUAAUUUUCCCCUACUUUUGGUUCUCCUUUGGCUUUUCAUUCCCCCGGCUUAUUUUUUCACACUUCUUACAACAUGGGUACCGAACACAGGGACGCCGUCGCCAAUACAUUGCAUGGUAGCGACCUUUCCACCAACCCUGACGAAACAUUGAAUACCAAGCCGCAUACAGGUACAACGACUCCAGUCCAUCUCGAUGACCGUACAUCCGUUAAUGCUUUUAAUCCGCACGAAACGCAAACCUACCCCGACUCCUCCCCUCUCGAACGUACCAUGUCGGAGGACCUUGCGAGAGCGAUACUGUGUGAAGCAAGGGUAUCUAGAAACUCCAUCUCGGUAAGAGACACAACCAGCGACGAAGGAGUUGAUGCUCAGACCCUUAAAUGGGAUUCUCCAGACGAUCCACAGGACCCUAUGAACUGGCCCUCCUGGAAGAAAUGGUUGUCCACCAUGACGGUUGCCUUUAUUUGUUUGUGUGUCACCUUCGGUUCCUCGUUAUAUGUUGGUGGGAUAUAUGACAUCGAAGCCAAGAUGAAGGUCUCACAGGAGCUAGGACUUACAGGCUUGACCUUGUACUUGGUGGGCCUUGCUUUCGGUCCGGCUAUUGCUGCUCCGUUAUCCGAAAUUUUUGGUAGAAAAAUUGUCUACUCCGUUUCCCUUCCCGUCUCUAUGCUUUUCAUCGUGGGGAUUGCUUUAUCCAAGAACAUUGAAUCCAUUUUGAUCUUGCGUUUCUUUACUGGAUUUUUUGCUUCCCCAGCGAUGGCUAUUGCUGCCGGUUCUAUCUCUGAUGUAUUCCCUCCAGAAAAGAUGGGCACUGCCAUGUGCUUUUUCUGUCUUGCCCCCUUCUGUGGCCCGGUCCUUGGUCCGGUUGUUGGUAACUUUGUGGGCGAACACAAGAGCUGGAACUGGACAAUGUGGGUGAACUUAAUGGCCUUUGGUAUCUUGCUUCCAUUCGUUAUCAUCUUACCAGAAACCUACAGGCCAAUCCUUUUGAAGAAGAGAGCGCUUAAGCGUGGUAUUACUUUGAAGAAGCCAGAGAUGAGCAAUGCUCAGUUCCUCAAGUUUAUGUUCAAAAUCACCAUGGUCAGACCAUUGCUCAUGUUGUUCACUGACCCCAUCAUUCUUUCAUUGUCCGUUUACUUGUCUUUUGUUUUUGCCGUGUUGUUUGGUUUCUUUGAGGCCUUCCCAAUCAUCUUUAGAGGUGUCUACCGGAUGGAGCUCGGGGUUUCUGGCUUGCCUUUCCUCGGUGUCGGUAUCGGUAUUCUUUUCGGUGCGGUUGUCUUCUUGUGCUACGACAGAUAUGUCUUCUUCCCACACAACGCCGAUGGUACCGUUGGCAGAAGAGAUGCUAACGGUAACAUUGACUUCGGUACCCCAGAGGAUAAAUUGAUCAUCUGCAAGAUUGGGGCCAUCAGUUUGCCUAUUUCCUUGUUCUGGUUGGCGUGGACUUCCAGAAAGUCCGUGCACUGGAUGGUUCCUCUAGCGGCCGGUGUUCCUUUCGGGUUUGGGUUAAUCAUGAUCUUCUUUUCUGUCAUUGUUUACCUCAGCAUGUGCUUCCCCCCAUUGUCCGUGGCCUCUGCUAUGGCAGCUAACAACUUUCUUAGAUACCUCUUGGCAUCGGUGUUCCCAUUGUUUACCAUUCAAAUGUACACAAAUUUGGGUAUUGGCUGGGCUACUUCCACCUUUGGCUUUAUUUCCCUUGCUAUGGUUCCUGUGCCAUGGGUUUUGACCAAAUAUGGCCUGUCGUUGAGAAACAGUUCUAAGUUUGGUUAUGCCGCUGCCGCCAGAGAAGCUGCUCUCAAGGCCGAGGCUGGGAAGGAUAUCAGCCCAACCGAUUCUUCCGAAACUGUUCGUGAAGAACAGAGCCAACAUGGGAAUGACGAACACAAGUCUCUCCACCCUUCUCAAGAUGUUUACUAUCAGGUGUAGAUAUCUUCCAUGCAUUCCUCUUCAUCGCAUUUCACCUUCUCUUAAUUUUAUUUUUUUCCGUGACUUAAUUUUCUUACGUCCAUCUACGACACGGAUUUGACCGAUUUAGUAGAGAAUAAUUCAAG